CUCCGGCUCCGGCUCCAGCUCGGGCUCGGGCGGCGGUGGCGGUGGCGGGAGCGGGCGACGGGGGAAGCGGCGGACUGGAAGCGGCGGCCUCAGCGGCUCGAGGGGGGACAUGCAGACCGACGGCCCCCGGAGAGGCGGAAGGAGCGGAGGCCCUGGUGCCCUGCCCUCAGUGCUGACUGCCCAGCAAGAGUGACUGGUGUAAGCAAGUAAGACCGGUGGAUUGUCUUGGGCUGUGGCUGACUGUGGAGUUAGAACCCUGGAUGGCCCCAGAGCCAACCCCAGGGAGGAUGAUGGUGCCCCUUGUGCCUGCACUGGUGAUGCUUGGUUUGAUGGCAGGUGCUCAUGGUGACAGCAAACCUGUCUUUGUUAAGGUCCCAGAGGACCAGACUGGGCUGUCGGGAGGGGUGGCCUCCUUCGUGUGCCAAGCCACAGGGGAACCCAAGCCUCGAAUCACAUGGAUGAAGAAGGGGAAGAAAGUCAGCUCCCAGCGCUUUGAGGUAAUCGAGUUUGAUGAUGGAGCAGGGUCAGUGCUGAGGAUCCAGCCAUUACGGGUGCAGCGAGAUGAAGCCAUCUAUGAGUGCACAGCCACCAACAGUCUAGGCGAGAUCAACACGAGUGCCAAGCUCUCAGUGCUUGAAGAGGACCAACUGCCGUCUGGGUUCCCAACCAUUGACAUGGGCCCUCAGCUGAAGGUGGUGGAGAAGGCUCGUACGGCCACCAUGCUGUGCGCAGCUGGUGGGACACCAGACCCUGAGAUCUCUUGGUUCAAAGACUUCCUUCCUGUGGACCCUACUUUAAGCAACGGCCGCAUCAAGCAACUGCGCUCAGGUGGUUCACCAAUCAGAGGUGCCUUGCAGAUUGAGAGCAGCGAGGAGUCUGACCAAGGCAAGUACGAGUGUGUGGCAACCAACUCAGCAGGCACACGCUACUCAGCCCCUGCGAACCUGUAUGUGCGAGAUCAGCGAGAAGUGCGUCGCGUGGCUCCUCGUUUCUCCAUCCCUCCCAGCAGCCAGGAGGUGAUGCCAGGCGGCAGUGUGAAUCUGACGUGUGUGGCGGUGGGUGCACCCAUGCCGUAUGUAAAGUGGAUGAUGGGUGCUGAAGAGCUUACCAAAGAGGACGAGAUGCCAGUUGGCCGCAAUGUGCUGGAGCUCAGCAAUGUCAUGCGAUCUGCCAACUAUACCUGCGUGGCCAUUUCUUCAUUAGGCAUGAUAGAGGCCACAGCCCAGGUCACAGUAAAAGCUCUCCCAAAGCCUCCGAUUGAUCUAGUGGUGACAGAGACAACCGCCACCAGUGUUACCCUGACAUGGGACUCUGGAAAUGCAGAGCCUGUGUCUUACUAUGGUAUCCAGUACCGUGCAGCUGGCACAGACGGCCCCUUCCAGGAGGUGGAUGGUGUGGCUACCACCCGAUACAGCAUUGGUGGCCUGAGCCCUUUCUCAGAAUACGCCUUUCGUGUGUUGGCUGUUAACAGCAUCGGACGAGGACCACCCAGUGAAGCGGUUCGUGCACGCACGGGUGAACAGGCACCCUCCAGCCCUCCACGCCGUGUGCAGGCCCGAAUGCUGAGCGCCAGCACCAUGCUGGUGCAGUGGGAGCCCCCUGAAGAGCCCAAUGGCCUGGUACGGGGAUACCGUGUCUAUUACACUCCAGACUCUCGGCGCCCCUUGAGCGCCUGGCACAAGCACAACACAGAUGCAGGACUCCUUACCACUGUGGGCAGCCUGCUACCUGGCAUCACCUACAGCCUUCGUGUCCUUGCCUUCACCGCUGUGGGCGAUGGUCCGCCCAGCCCUACCAUCCAGGUCAAGACACAGCAGGGAGUGCCUGCACAGCCUGCAGACUUCCAGGCAGAAGCUGAGUCAGACACCAGGAUCCAGCUCUCAUGGCUGCUGCCCCCGCAGGAGCGGAUCACCAAGUAUGAACUAGUGUACUGGGCAGCAGAGGAUGAAGGCCAGCAGCACAAGGUGACCUUCGACCCCACCUCUUCCUACACGCUGGAGGACCUGAAGCCUGACACAGUGUACCACUUCCAGCUGGCUGCCCGCUCAGAUCUGGGGGUGGGAGUCUUCACUCCCACCAUAGAGGCCCGUACAGCACAGUCCACCCCAUCCGCCCCUCCCCAGAAGGUGACAUGUGUGAGCACGGGCUCCACCACGGUCCGGGUAAGUUGGGUGCCACCGCCAGCUGACAGCCGCAACGGCAUUAUCACCCAAUACUCGGUGGCCUAUGAGGCAGUGGACGGCGAGGACCGUAAGCGGCAUGUGGUGGAUGGCAUCAGCCGUGAGCACUCCAGCUGGGACCUGUUGGGCCUGGAGAAGUGGACGGAGUACCGGGUGUGGGUGCGGGCACACACAGAUGUGGGCCCUGGCCCCGAGAGCAGCCCGGUGCUGGUGCGCACCGAUGAGGACGUGCCCAGCGGACCACCACGGAAGGUGGAGGUUGAGCCUCUGAACUCUACUGCUGUACAUGUCUCCUGGAAGCUGCCUGUCCCCAACAAGCAGCACGGACAGAUUCGUGGCUACCAGGUCACCUAUGUGCGGUUGGAGAAUGGUGAACCCCGAGGCCAACCCAUCAUCCAGGAUGUCAUGCUGGCUGAGGCUCAGUGGAGACCAGAGGAGUCCGAGGACUAUGAAACCACCAUCAGUGGCCUCACCCCUGAGACCACCUACUCCAUUACUGUUGCUGCCUACACCACCAAGGGGGAUGGCGCCCGAAGCAAGCCCAAAGUGGUUACCACAGCUGGGGCAGUCCCAGGCCGGCCCACCAUGAUGGUCAGCACCACAGCCAUGCACACCGCGCUGCUGCAGUGGCACCCACCCAAGGAGCUGCCCGGAGAGCUGCUGGGCUACCGUCUACAAUACCGGCGGGCUGAUGAGGCGCGGCCCAACACCAUAGAUUUUGGCAAGGAUGACCAGCAUUUUACAGUCACUGGUCUGCACAAAGGAGCUACCUACAUCUUCCGGCUUGCUGCCAAGAACCGGGCUGGCCCAGGUGAAGAGUUUGAGAAGGAAAUCACAACCCCUGAGGAUGUGCCCAGUGGCUUUCCUCAAAACCUUCGAGUGAUAGGACUGACUACAUCUACUACGGAACUGGCCUGGGACCCACCUGUGCUGGCAGAGAGGAACGGGCGCAUCACCAACUAUACUGUGGUCUACCGUGACAUCAACAGCCAGCAUGAACUGCAGAAUGUCACUGAUGAUAUGCACCUUACACUGUUUGGCCUCAAACCAGACACCACUUAUGACAUCAAGGUCCGUGCACAUACCAGCAAAGGCGCCGGCCCACUCAGCCCCAGCAUCCAGUCCCGGACCAUGCCCAUGGAGCAAGUGUUUGCCAAGAACUUCCGUGUGGCGGCUGCAAUGAAGACAUCUGUGCUGCUCAGUUGGGAAGUCCCCGACUCCUAUAAGUCAGCUGUGCCCUUCAAGAUUCUGUACAAUGGGCAGAGUGUGGAGGUGGACGGGCACUCGAUGAGGAAGCUGAUUGCAGACUUGCAGCCCAACACAGAGUACUCCUUUGUGCUGAUGAAUCGUGGCAGUAGCGCUGGGGGCCUGCAGCACCUGGUGUCUAUCCGCACCGCUCCAGACCUCCUGCCGAACAAGCCACUGCCUGCCUCUGCCUUUAUAGAGGAUGGCCGCUUCUCCCUCUCCAUGCCUCAAGUCCAGGAGCCCUCGCUAGUCAGGUGGUUCUACAUCGUGGUGGUGCCCAUUGACCGUGUGGGCGGGAACUUGCUGACACCAAGGUGGAACACCCCAGAGGAGCUGGAGCUGGAUGAGCUUCUAGAGGCCAUCGAGCAGGGCGGGGAGGAACGGAGGAGGCGCCGGCGCCAAGCAGAGCGACUCAAGCCCUAUGUGGCAGCUCAGGUGGAUGUGCUCCCUGACACCUUCACCCUCGGGGACAAGAAGAAUUACCGGGGCUUCUACAACCGGCCCCUGUCUCCAGACCUGAGUUACCAGUGCUUUGUGCUCGCUUCCCUCAAGGAACCCAUGGACCAGAAGCGCUAUGCCUCCAGCCCCUACUCGGAUGAGAUUGUCGUCCAAGUGACACCAGCCCAGCAGCAGGAGGAGCCUGAGAUGCUGUGGGUGACAGGCCCUGUCCUGGCAGUCAUUCUCAUCAUACUCAUUGUCAUCGCUAUCCUCCUGUUCAAGAGGAAGAGAACACACUCCCCAUCGUCAAAGGAUGAGCAGUCAAUUGGGCUGAAGGACUCCCUGUUGGCCCACUCUUCCGACCCUGUGGAGAUGCGAAGGCUCAACUACCAGACCCCAGGUUCCAGUGCCCCCAGCUGCCCGAAUAUCUCAAGUAUGCGAGACCACCCUCCCAUUCCCAUCACCGACCUGGCAGACAAUAUCGAGCGACUCAAAGCCAACGAUGGGCUCAAGUUCUCCCAGGAGUAUGAGUCCAUUGACCCUGGACAACAGUUCACAUGGGAGAAUUCCAACUCAGAAGUGAACAAACCCAAGAACCGCUAUGCAAAUGUCAUUGCCUAUGACCAUUCUCGAGUCCUCCUCACCUCCAUCGAUGGUGUUCCUGGGAGUGACUACAUCAAUGCCAACUACAUCGAUGGCUACCGGAAGCAGAAUGCCUACAUCGCUACACAGGGUCCACUGCCCGAGACCAUGGGCGACUUCUGGCGGAUGGUGUGGGAACAGCGAACAGCCACAGUGGUCAUGAUGACCAGGCUAGAGGAGAAAUCCCGGGUGAAGUGUGAUCAGUAUUGGCCCGCCCGAGGCACUGAGACCUAUGGCCUCAUUCAGGUGACCCUGGUGGACACUGUGGAGUUGGCCACAUACACCAUGCGCACCUUCGCACUCCAUAAGAGUGGUUCCAGUGAGAAGCGUGAGCUGCGCCAGUUCCAGUUCAUGGCUUGGCCAGACCAUGGGGUUCCUGAGUACCCGACUCCCAUCCUGGCCUUCCUGAGAAGAGUCAAGGCCUGCAACCCACUAGACGCAGGGCCCAUGGUGGUACACUGCAGUGCUGGUGUGGGCCGCACGGGCUGCUUUAUCGUCAUCGAUGCGAUGCUGGAGCGGAUGAAGCACGAGAAGACGGUUGACAUCUAUGGCCACGUGACGUGCAUGCGCUCACAGAGGAACUACAUGGUGCAGACAGAGGACCAGUAUGUGUUCAUCCAUGAGGCGCUGCUGGAGGCUGCCAUGUGCGGACACACCGAGGUGCCUGCUCGCAACCUCUAUGCCCACAUCCAGAAGCUAGGCCAAGUGCCUCCCGGGGAGAGUGUGACUGCCAUGGAGCUUGAGUUCAAGUUAUUGGCCAACUCCAAGGCUCACACAUCUCGCUUCAUUAGUGCCAACCUGCCCUGUAACAAGUUCAAAAACCGCCUGGUGAAUAUCAUGCCCUAUGAGCUGACCCGAGUGUGUCUGCAACCCAUCCGUGGUGUGGAAGGCUCUGACUACAUCAAUGCCAGCUUUCUAGAUGGCUACAGACAGCAGAAGGCCUACAUAGCUACGCAGGGGCCUCUGGCAGAGAGCACCGAGGACUUCUGGCGCAUGUUAUGGGAGCACAAUUCCACCAUCAUCGUCAUGCUGACCAAGCUUCGGGAGAUGGGCAGGGAGAAGUGUCACCAGUACUGGCCAGCAGAGCGCUCUGCUCGUUAUCAAUACUUUGUUGUUGAUCCGAUGGCUGAGUACAACAUGCCCCAGUACAUCCUUCGUGAGUUCAAGGUCACAGAUGCCCGGGAUGGGCAGUCGAGGACAAUCCGACAGUUCCAGUUUACAGACUGGCCAGAGCAAGGAGUGCCCAAAACGGGUGAAGGCUUCAUCGACUUCAUCGGGCAGGUGCACAAGACUAAGGAGCAAUUUGGGCAGGAUGGGCCCAUCACAGUGCAUUGCAGUGCUGGUGUGGGCCGCACCGGAGUGUUCAUCACUCUGAGCAUUGCCCUGGAGCGCAUGCGGUACGAGGGUGUGGUUGACAUGUUCCAGACCGUGAAGACCCUUCGAACACAGCGCCCUGCAAUGGUGCAGACAGAGGACCAAUACCAGCUGUGCUACCGUGCGGCCCUGGAAUACCUCGGCAGCUUUGACCACUAUGCAACGUAACUACUGCUCCCCUCUCCUCCGCUGCUCCCCUGAGGGGCUCCGGGGGGAGACCCAGCUCCUCUGAGCCAUACCGACCAUCGUCCAGCCCUCCUGCACGGAUGCUGUUGCCAGCAGAGCACAGCCCACUGGGAUCACAGCAUUUCGGGAACAUUGCCACACCAGUCAGAGAGCCCAGAACACCUGGGCGAGUAGGCGGACUGGCAGCCUGGCUCUGGGCCCCUGUCCAUCGGGCCCAAGUGGAGCCCUGCUUCAAGCUCUCUGUUCAGCUCCGCGUUUCUCAUGCUUCUCAUGGGGUGGGGAGGGGGCAAAGCCUCCACUUUUUAUACAUUAGGCGGGGUAGACUGAGGGAUCCUAGCCUCUUCCCUCCAACUUUCCUUUUGCAAAUCUUUCACUGCAGACUGGGCUGCUGUGGGAGUUGGGGCUUAUUUUGUUUUUGUUUUUGAGUUCACGUUGGAUCCUUUCCUGUACAACUUACGCUGAAGGACGGCACAUGCCUUCCUUGUGCAGAGCUAGGGCCCUGCCUGAGCCAGUCAGCUGUGGCCCAGGAGGCAGCACCAAGCCUGUUGUCCUCCAGCCUUUCAGAGAUCCUACUCCAGCCAAAUGCAGGGAAACGUUUAUUUCUGUUGUUCUGGUUUAGGUUUUGUUUUUCCUUGAGAGCCUUUUUUUAGGCCCCACAGACAGUGGUGGGCGGGGAGGCGAUAGGAAACACAUCCCCAGUGUGCAUUUAACAUUCAUAGCCCACAGCCACAGACAUGUCGGGGGAUCCUGGCAAGGCGUUCCUCAUCACCAUCGUGUUUGCAAAGGUUCAAAAAGCAAGAAUUUUAAAAACCCACAAAAAUAAAAUCUGUUUUGUUUUUUUUUUUAAAGAAAUAUUCAUCCCCUGGCCUCUACUUCAGAUCCCGAAGUGGGAGGGCGACUCAAUGUGCCUGGGGCUCGCCAUGGGCCCACAGAGUCUCGCUAUCAUCCCCAGCAUUGCAGUGUGGCAGGUGUUUGUAGACUGGGUUCUGGCCACCUCAGUGAAUGAAUGGCACAGGUGAGGGGCUUGUGCCACGCCCCACACACCUCAGGGCCAAGCGGGGGCGUGGCUGGCUCUUCAGGUCUAGGCCAGUGGGCCUGGUAGCACAUGUCUGUCCUCAGCAGGGGCCAGAUGACUUCUCUCCUGGUUUGCAGCUGUCUUCAGAUCCCCAAGACUCGCUCUUUUCCGCUCCAAGUUGCCCUCAUAAACCAAUGUGGCAAGACUACUGGACUUGUAUCCAUGGUACUAUACUCAGUCUUAUUAUCUCAGCUUGCUGAGGGGCAGGGAGAGGGCCUCUUCCUCUGGGCAGCACUAUCUAGAUAGGUAAGUGGGGGCGGGGAAGGGUGCAUAGCUGUUUUAGCCUAGGGACUCGAUGCAGAUGUCCCCGGAUCUAGCUAGGCUAAGUCAAGAUCAACAAUCCAGGGUUGGUGGUGUUGGAUGAAACAUUCAUUUUUACCUUGUGGAUGCUAGUGCUGUAGAGUUCACUGUUGUACACAGUCUGUUUUCUAUUUGUUAAGAAAAACUACAGCAUCAUUGCAUACUUCUUGAUGGUAAUAAAUUUGAAUAAUCAGAUUUCUUACA